AUGCCUGACGAGACAAAGACUCGCAUACAGAAACUCGCAAAUGCUGCUCAGAUCUCGUUCGCUGAGCGAGCCCUCCUGAAGGAUCGAAACCGAUUUCUUUUCAAGAUAAACAACGAAGCUAAGGCUCGUAGGUCGACCAGGUCCAUCGUGCUAGGAAAAGCGAAAGUGAUGAGUUUUGAGGACCUGGAAGAGGCGAAGGUGAGGCGCGCGGCAAAGGACAAGGCUGCAGCACAGAAGGGACAGUGUGGCCGCAAGCGCAAGGAACCGGCGAAGUUACCAGAGAUUUUCAAAGCAGCUAGCAAUUCAGGCGAUGAUAUUGCUGGCUUCGUGCACGCUGUUGGUACCAACGUUUAUGAAUUCAAGCCGGGCGAUCGUGUUGCCGCAUUCCACGAGAUGAUGAAGCCAGGCGGCAGCUAUGCAGAGUACGCAGUCGCGUGGCAAUACAUGACUUCUCACAUACCAGACAACCUUAGUUUUGAGGAGGCUUCGACGAUUCCUUUGGCCGGACUGACAGCCGUAGUUGGCAACUACAUUCGGCUGGGAUUGCCUGAGCCAUGGAAACCUGCAGCUGAGAAAGUACCGUUUCUUGUCUACGGCGCAGCAUCGGCUGUGGGUGCAUUCGCGAUUAAACUGGCGCGCCUGUCGAACAUCCACCCUAUUAUUGGCGUAGCCGGAAGGGGGAUUCCGUAUGCCGAAUCGCUCAUCGACAAAACCAAGGGAGACGUGAUUAUCGAUUACCGCAAUGGAAAUGAAGCAGUGGUGGCUGGAAUCAAAGAUGCUCUCGAAAACGCUGGAGCCUCGGAUAUCUACCACGCCUUCGAUGCCGUAUCCGACAAGGGAAGCCACACUGAUGUGGUCGCUGUUCUCGCACCGGAGGGCCAAGUCACCUAUGUUUUCCCUCUGGAACAAACAGCCCCGCCUGGGUUCAGCUAUCCCAAAACCUAUAAGUCUGCUCAGUUCAGCAAUGUUGGGGACGCUUAUGGCGAAAAUAGACAGCAAGGAUUCAUGUAUCUUCGAUGGCUAUUCCGGAUGGUGAUGGAGGGAAAGUUUACAGCGCAUCCACACGAGGUCGUUCCAGGCGGACUUGCAGGGGUGAGUCAAGGACUGCAGAACUUGAAAGCAGGAAAAGCGAGCGCAGUAAAGUAUGUCUACAAGGUACCUGACACAGAGGGUGCCGGACAGGAUUGA